UCUGCCCUCACUAUAUAAAGCAGCAGAGACGUCGACUAGCUGGCACUCGCGGGGAGAGGACCACGCGAGCAGCAGCCAUCUCCGCGCCAGAGUCAGACGAAAUGCCAGGAAUGUUCUUCUCUGCAAACCCAAAAGAAUUGAAAGGCACGGGACAUCCACUUCCAGAUGACAAAACGCAGAAAAGGAGGCCAAAGACUUUUGGAAUGGACAUGAAAGCAUACCUGAGAUCUAUGAUCCCACAUCUGGAAUCCGGAAUGAAAUCUUCCAAGUCCAGGGACAUACUUUCUGCUGAUGAAGUGAUGCAGUGGUCUCAGUCUCUGGAAAAACUUCUUGCCAACCAAACUGGUCAAGAUGUCUUUGGAAGUUUUCUAAAGUCAGAGUUCAGUGAGGAGAAUAUUGAGUUCUGGCUGGCUUGUGAAGACUAUAAAAAAACAGAGUCUGAUCUUCUGCACUGCAAAGCAGAGAAGAUAUAUAAAGCGUUUGUGCAUUCAGAUGCUGCUAAACAAAUCAAUAUUGACUUCCAUACUCGAGAAUCUACAGCCAAGAAGAUUAAAGCAGCAACUCCUACGUGUUUUGAUGAGGCCCAAAAAGUCAUAUAUACUCUUAUGGAAAAGGACUCUUAUCCCAGGUUCCUCAAAUCAGAUAUUUACUUAAAUCUUCUAAAUGACCUUCAGGCUAAUAGCCUAAAGUGACCGGUUCCCGGCUGGAGAGACUGGAAAGAUGGUAUCAAGCACAGAAGGAAUGUGCCAUUUUGGCUCCCUGGGUGGACACUUGGCCUUUUUGGGUGACGUGAGGGGCCCAGGGGAAGAGCAAAUGGCUGCGAAUGGAUUAACACGGCAGUUGUCCAGGCGCAGAGUUGAAGCACGUGCUAGACAAAGACUGACAGACUGGAGGGAGGCACUGUGGUGCUGUCACACAAAACAGGGACUCUGUGUUAGAGAAUCCCUCGGGACCGAGAGGCCGGGUAACUCUAGUUACACAGAAACUGUCAAUAAAAGUCAUGAAACUUAUUUCAACAAGCUAUAAGCUUCAAGGUCAACUGAUAUUUAUGCUGCAUAUGAUUGUACAGUUUGCAUUGAGCUGCUGAAAUCUCAUUAACUUAGAUAACUAGUUGAAAAGGAUGUAUUUUGAAAUCACCAUUUAUUGACAAAGAUGUUAGGUGCUGUUUUGUUUGUUUUUGACUUGGAAGAAAACAGUGCAUUUAACUUAAGCUAUUGCUCUUAAAACCAUAAAGUUAGAAUAUAUUUGUAAAUUAAAUUAUUGUACUAAAAUGUGAAUUUUGUAUUAAAAAUAUAUAGAAGCAA